GGAAUUUCGCGAAAGGGUUGGCACGAGUGCACACGUGCCAAUAAUUUUCUUUCUCAACCUGCACCAACCGCGAGCGAAUGGUGUAAGGCCGAAGGAAAAUCAUGUCGCAAGCGGCGAAAAUAGACUGAGCCGCCGAGCUGCUGAUUAGACGGAAUGCGAGCGCUGCUUUUCUCCAGUCGCUGCAACCUUUUGUUUUUCGCUUCGAUUCGCGACUCGCCAGUCUUUUUGCACCGCCCCGCGCGUCACUCCUUCGUCACCACCUCGCAACCAGCGAUGGAAAUCAGCGGGUCCGCCGGCGGGCCCGGCAGGCCCAUUCCGUCCCACUUCAACCUCGCGGACUACAACUGUGUCGGCUUUGACCUGGACAACACAAUUUGCAGAUACCAACUGACAAACAUGGUUCAGCUGGAAUAUGACGCUCUCUGCAAAUUCCUCGUUGACCAAAAGGGGUACAGCUCAAAAGUUCUGCAAAUCCCCAUCGACUUUGAAUUUCUCCAGAAAGGUCUCACCCUGGACUUUGAAAAGGGAAACACCCUGAGAAUCUCUGGUAACGGAACCAUUUGGCGCGCGGCCCAUGGCACCAAAUUCCUCACCGACGAGGAAAUCGAAACCCAGUACGGAGUCGAACGCACCUGGGAACCUGCCACCGCUCUCUACAAUGAGCCUCUCGCCACCUGGAAUGGACCUGUGGCUCUCAAGUUGCGAAGUUUGCUUGACUAUUUUGACAUGCCCGCUGCAUUGGCGUUUGCCCGACUUGUGGACGACUACGAUGAGAAAAAUGGGGGACCAAAGAAGAUUCCAAAAGUCCCUGGCAGUAUUUGGUCGGACAUUCUCGACGGGCUAAGCUACAUGUUCAGCCGACACAACUUCGCAGCGAAGGAUGGCGGCCACUAUUUUGGAAACCUCCGAAGCUACCCUGAGAAGUACCUGAACAGGUGCCCACCCGAGGCCAUUGAGUGGCUCAAGAGUCUGAAGAAGCAAAACAAGAAGCUUUUCAUGCUGACUGGCUCGCACAUUGACUUUGCAAACUACACUUCGACCUACUGCCUCGGACCGGACUGGCGGGAAUUGUUCGACAUUGUCGUCUCCUUUGCCAAGAAACCAGGUUUCUUCUCCAGCAACAGACCCUUCCUUUCCCUGAAAAACUACCAGGAAGGAGAUCCCAUUGACGAUCUGACUAAACUGGCUGACAAAAAUUUUGUUUCGGUUAGUCAAGGAAACUGGCAGGAAUUAAUGGAGUUCCUACAAAUAAAACUGAAAGGAGACACUCCAAAGUGCCUCUACGUUGGAGACAACGUAGUCCAGGACCUGUACGCACCAUUCCAUUUCACCCGAUGCGACACUCUGGCAGUGAUCGAAGAGUUGUGGGGAGAAAACAAUCUGGAGCCUCCGCACCCCGACUUAAAAGUCCUCCUGGCCAAAGACUGGGGCUCCUAUUUUGGCACAAGGAAAACGCCGUCGCUGUGGCACAAUUUCAUUACGAAAAGCGCUUUGCUGACUGUGCCCAACUUUGAAUCUUUUGCCAAACUGCCGCUCGACAAGCCCAUUCCGACAGGAUUUUAUCCUGAGGAGCCUGUUAGCUUUGUAGAAAAAUGAAAGAGGAAUUCCGUAUUUUUUAAAGAACAUUGUUGACUUUUAGAGGUUCAAAAGUGAAUUUAAGAGCAAUACUUAAUAUAAACAUGAUGAUUGUUUUUAUCAUUUUAAUGAUAAGCGGCUGUGUGAUGGAAGAAGUCAAGAGUUUUUUUGAAUUUGCAGGCAAAUUUUGUGCACUAUUGUGUAAAAUUUAAGUUUUUUCUUGAGAACACAGGUUUGUUCCAAAUUUCAAUUUUACUCCAUUAUAAAGAUGACUGGUUCAUGACACAAUUAUUUACAUGACGAUGCGGGUGUUAUUCGAAAGCUGAUGAAUUAAUUGAUUUAAAUUUAAAAAUUGUUAUUCUUAGCCAAAUUUUUUUUGCUUAAUCCAACAAGUAUUUAAAUCCUGUAAGUUAAUUGCUAUGGUCUUAUCAAGAUUUUUAUUGGAAAACUUGAGCCUUUUUUAUGCUUUGCAACUUUAAUGCAAAAUUAAUCUUUGCAUAAUUUUUAUAGGAGUUUUUAUUAUUUAUUUCCUGUUUGCUUGCGUGUCUGUUAUAAUAAUAAAAAAUAUUCCAUUAAGGA